GCAGCAGCAGCGUCCCUCAGAAAGAUAGAUCCUCCGUUCAGCCACUGCACUGUGCUGGGUCCUAGUCCUACUUCGUCUGGCGACAGCGGCGAUGGGGGGUUGUUUUGAUAAAAGUUGACGGAUUUUUUCACGUUUUUAUUCUCGCAUUGUUGCGUUGGAAUCCAGGAUGUUUGAUGUGCUUUCAACCGUCGGCUUUCCUUCACGUCCCCGAAGGAGUAACACAUUUGGGAAUAACCGAUCUUAAAGCUGAGAGGAGCAACUUUUCCAACUGCCUUAACGUUACUAGUCAGUGGGCUGACCUAUGCUAAGCUAACCUCGCCAAUGCAGUUGAAAUUCCUGUUAAAAGUCCACAAACGAGCAAGCAAACUUUACAUUUCGGGAUUCGGUGACUAGACGAGAUUUACUGGCGACUUUCUAAUAGAAACCUGUCGUUUGCAGCCUCCCUUUAUCUGGUCGGACUGGACGGUGCAGGUGCACCUCUUGUGGCACCUGCGAAAACUUGGUUACUUAGCUAGCUCCAUCGCUAGAGAGCUAACUUUAGCUUGUUCGCGUUAGCAUUCAGCAUAAGCAGAGACUGUUGUGGACAAAUGUAGCUAUCUCUCAUGGCAGAGACAAUUUGAGAUUUAACACAAGUUGUUAGUUUCAAACUUUAUAUUGCUAUUAAACCGCUGCUAUUAAAAACAUUUCGGCUAACCGUAGCCAGCAACCUCGCUAGCAAGUUAUUGACCCUCAUACACUUUUACCAGAGUGGCGACGUGGAUACAGGGUUGUGGACGCUCUCUGUCUCCCACAGGACUUUGGACACGGUUUGAUCCCGCUGUGGGCUGCGCAUGGAAUGUCCCUCUGUUCUCUUCAGCUAGUCUCGUAGAUGUGACAGCAUGAUGAUUUCAAAAAGUUACAUUUUACCGUUAUAAAGUUUUGUUCUUAAAGCUCUGCACCCUAUGGUGUCGCUACGGCCACCGAGAAAUGGAUGUCUCGCAGGCCGCUUUCCCAAACGGUGAAGGGCGGCCGGGCGGCUGUAGGACAGGGGAGCAUGCAUGGACAGACUGCCCCACAGCUCGGGCGUGGGCUCACUCUGCUCCACUGUGCCCGACUCGGUCCCUGUGGACAGCCGCCUAUGACUACGAGGCAAGCGGCGAGGAUGAGCUCAGCCUCAGACGAGGGGACGUGGUGGAGGUGCUGUCCAAAGACGCAGCAAUCUCCGGGGACGAGGGAUGGUGGACGGGUAAAAUCAACCACCGGGUCGGGAUUUUCCCCUCAAACUAUGUUACCUACCAGCCCGCUAUUUACCGUCUCCCUGCUACGAGUGGGUCUGUGGGGGCACGAAAGGAAGUCCCGAACUCGCCUGUGCAGAUUCCCUUCAGUGAACUGGUACUAGAGGAGAUCAUAGGCGUGGGUGGAUUUGGCAAAGUUUACCGGGGCACAUGGAAAGAUCAAGAGCUCGCCGUGAAAGCUGCUCGGCAAGACCCAGACGAGGACAUAACAGCCACCGCCGCCAGUGUUAAACAAGAAGCGAAACUUUUCUCCAUGCUACAGCACCCCAACAUUAUUAAACUGGAAGGAGUGUGUUUGGAGGAGCCCAAUCUGUGCCUGGUCAUGGAGUAUGCCCGAGGCGGGACACUGAACCGGGCGUUGACCGGAAGGCGCAUCCCUCCACACAUCCUGGUCAACUGGGCCGUGCAGAUUGCACGCGGGAUGCUCUACCUACACGAGGAGGCCGUGGUACCCAUUAUCCAUCGUGACCUGAAGUCUAGCAACAUUUUAUUACUUGAAACGAUUGAGAAUGACGACAUCGGGAGGAAGACCUUGAAGAUCACCGAUUUCGGCCUUGCCAGGGAGUGGCACAAAACCACAAAAAUGUCAGCUGCAGGCACCUACUCCUGGAUGGCCCCCGAAGUCAUCAAGUCAUCUCUCUUCUCCAAAGGCAGUGACGUCUGGAGCUAUGGUGUCUUGCUGUGGGAGCUGUUAACAGGGGAAGUACCAUAUCGUGGGAUUGAUGGCCUGGCUGUUGCUUACGGUGUAGCAGUCAAUAAGUUAACUCUACCGAUCCCAUCCACUUGCCCGGAACCCUUCGCCAAGCUCAUGGAAGAGUGCUGGGACCAGGACCCCCACGUGCGUCCCUCCUUCUCCUGCAUCCUGGAGCAGCUGUCGGCCAUCGAGGAGGCGGUGAUGGCCACCAUGCCCCAGGACUCCUUCCACAGCAUGCAGGACGACUGGCGUGUGGAGAUCCAGGAGAUGUUUGAUGAGCUCAGGACCAAAGAGAAGGAGCUACGUUCCAGAGAAGAGGAGCUGACGCGAGCUGCCCUCCAGCAGAAGUCUCAGGAGGAGCUGCUGAAGCGUCGGGAGCAGCAGCUGGCAGAGCGGGAGAUCAACGUGCUGGAGAGAGAGCUCAACAUCCUCAUUUUCCAGCUCAACAAAGAUAAGCCCAACGUCAAGAAGAGGAAAGGCAAAUUCAAACGUUCCCGCCUCAAACUGAAGGAUGGAAACCGCAUCAGCCUGCCCUCGGACUUCCAGCAUAAGAUCACCGUGCAGGCGUCGCCUUCCAUGGACAAGAGGCGAAGCCUUCAUAGCACCAGCUCCUCUCCUCCCAGCAGUCCCACACUAAUUCCCCGGCUACGAGCCAUUCAGCUUACUCAAGAUGAGAGCAACCGUACAUGGGGCCGCAGCACCCUCUUCAGGCCAGAGGAGUUUGAGGAUGUGAAAAAGGGAAUCAAGAAGAAAGGAAGAACCUGGGGCCCCAGUUCAGUACAGAGCAAAGAAAGGCCUGCCGCUGCUGAAAGAGUGCGUCCUCUGUCGGACGGCAAUAACCCCUGGUCAACCAGCCUGGUCAAGUCCCAGAAGUCUGUCCCCCUCGCCGCCCUGUUUGCUGAACAAGCGGGGGCUGGUAAAGACGAGGCAUUCUCCCAGGACUGUCCUGACAGCAGCUCCAAGCCAAAGCAGCUCAAGUUCCCCAACCAGGUGUACAUCGAUCUACCUCUGUGGAGGGACGAGCAGCAGCCUCAGAGCCCCGGUGGGCAUUGUGGGUCGGGAGACGCUGGGGUCGGGGCAGCAGGUCAGGGUGGCCCACCAGAGACCCCAGACGACCCCUACACCACCACAUCCACCUCGUCCACCUCCACCACCCCACAGCUCACCCCUACCAACAGCCUGAAGCGGACGUCAGCUCGCCGUAAGACUGACUCCGUGCUGUAUGGCUGCGGCUCGUUGCUGGCUUCAGUUGUGCUCGGUUAUGACAUUAGGGAGGCUCUCAAAAACUCGGCUCCUGGGGAAGAAUGCGAGCCCCAGCGCGAGGAGAAAGAGAAGAAGAAGAAGGAGGGCCUGUUUCAGCGUGCGACCCGGUUUCGCCGCAGCACCUCACCACCAAGCGGUCGCCCCCGCAAAGACGAGGCAUCGCCAAACCCCACCGCCACCCAACCCGUCAAUCUCAUCUCCAUGUCGGCCAUUAUGGAGUGCAACUCCACCAAGUGCCUCUUAAAGUCCGAGGCGGAGGCGUCUCACUCUAGCCCUGGGAAGGUUGAGCUCGUGGCUGCCAAUAAUCACGCCGAGUCGUCCAGACCCGGCCCGGCAGCCUCUCCAGAAGGCCAGAGUAACAGGACGGCCGCUAACACAGAGACACCAGCGCAAACCCAAAGCCAGCCACCCGAGCAGAGCAACCACAACACAGGAACACGUCUACGCAGAAAGAAAUACACCACCAACCACAAUACCAAUGGCCCACCUGCUCUGCCUCCUCCAGCCACACAGAAGAAGCACGAGAAAGAUGGCGGCGAGGCCUUCUCCAGACCACGGCCGGUGUCGUUCCGGGCCAAACCCCACACCUGGGCCCUGCUGCGAGGACGCAACAAGAGCUACUCCCUGGGCCACUUCUCCGGAGAGAAGACGGCACAAAACCUAAGCGUGGUGCUGUCCUCUGAGGUGGGGGUGGGCUGCUCCCUGCUGGACAUGGACACAGAGGGCCAGAAACGAGACUGCACUGUGCCGCUCUGCCGCAUUCAGAGUUCCCCGGGACGGCCCUCCGUCUUCGAGCUGGAGAAAAAGUUUCUCUCUUAGGAGCCUUGAAAAGUGAUCUGCUGUGAUCAUAGUUCAUCCCAUACAAUCUAUAGUGUUUUAGAACAUACAGACAGAAUUUUUGGCCUAAAACUCCUGGAGGGUUUAGGACCAGGCUGCCUUUUUCUCUCCAUUUAAAAAAAAAAAAAAAAAAAAAAAGGUUCUGUAACGUAGAACCCAGCUUUGUCUUAGUUGUCGAAAAUAGUGAUGUCAGUGUUCUAGAGCGUAGCCAAGUCUGAGAAGACAAGUUCUACUGUAUGUUCAAUGUUCUAGGAGACCUCUGUGUCACAGGAGUUCUAGAAUGUGCACACUCAUCUCAGUUUGAGAACGGUCUUAAGGUCUUUUCAGACGGGGAGCGAUUGACGCGCCUAGUUAUUCAUUUUCACUGAGA